AUGGACACAGAGUACAUCUCUUCUCCGCUGUUUACCUUUAUCGUUGGAGAAGAAAGGAAGAAGUUCCCCGUCCAUUCCCAGGCUCUAGCCGAUCUAUCGCCCACGCUUGACAAGCUCUUGGAUGGGCAAAUGCUUGAAGCAAACGUGAGACAAGCCGACUGGUCCGAUGUCGAGGUGGAUACGUUUGUGCGACUGUGCGAGUACGCUUACAGAAGCGAUUACACGCCCCCAUCGUGUACGGACAGGACACUUCAGACCGAGGAUUUUGGCAUCGUGCCGGAGCCAUCGAAAUCGCUCGCAAGGGCGGCAAGACCAAAGAAAUGGAACAAACGGGGAAUCACGGACCUGCCUUCUUUAGAGUCUUCAGAGUCAUAUUCGCGCAAGUCUGCGAUAGAUAAGCAGGGCCAAAACCUCUCUACCUCCGGUGUCUCUGCUAGGCAUACCCUGCAAUACAAGAAGAAGAAUAUCUCGAGUGAGCAGCUGGACGGAGAAUUCGUCCGUCUCAUUGGUGCUAUUCGGUUUAAUCAGCAAGUCGCUUCCAACACACAAGAGAUGAGGUUUUCUCCUAAAGGCAACACCAACUCCCAGGAGGAUUUCACGCCGGUCUUUCUCAGCCAUGUAAAGUUAUACAUCCUGGCCGAUAAAUACGGCAUCUUUCCGCUCGGGAAACUAGUAUUACAAAAGUUGACGGAUACAUUGAUGCAGUUCAGUCUUUAUGAGGGAAAUGUGGACAAUGUGACUGGGCUGGUCCGAUUUGCUUUUAACAAGACAUUUCGUCGUCAGGAAGGAAAAGAUUCUCUGAGACACUUGGCCACCGCUUAUGUUGCAUCAGUGCUUGUGCAGCUUGGUGAUAGUACCGCCUUCCAGGAGCUAUUGGCUGAAAGUGGGGAUUUUGUGACCGAUUUAUGGGAGAUAAUUUGGACUUGA